GGCUAAGAUCAAGUGUAGUAUCUGUUCUUAUCAGUUUAAUAUCUGAUAUGUGGGCCAUGUGUUCACAACGAUAUUAAAUUUAUUUUUUAUGGGGAGGGCCCACCACAGUGGCUUGCCACUGGGACCCUCGGGUGUCGCCCAGGCGUUGCACUACAGCCUGGGCUGGCGCACCCCACCAAAUCAAUCCAAUUUAUCUUCUUUGAAAAUUACACACAAACUUUUAUCUAGUGGUGAUUAAGCAGCAUUAGGAUAUCAUGGGAUUGAAGUUUGGCAUUACAGUUUCAGUCGGUUUAAUUUAAUUUGUUGCACAAAUACCUGGGCCAAAUUCGUUCAAAAACUAUUUGUAUUUGUAAAUCUCACCAAGAUUUGGCAUCAAAAAUCAUAUUCUGGCCCCAUAGUAGACAAAACUUGGUGGGGAAUUUCCAAGUUCCGAUAUAUCUGGGACCCCUCUUUCCCCAUUCCCAAAACCCAACCAAACCCCUCUUCCCCUCCGCCUCCCCACAAUGGCUCCCGGUGCCCUAGCCCGCCUCAUCAUCGGCCGCCGCGCAGCGUCCCCGCUCCUGGCGCGUCCCUUCGCCGCGAAGGCCCGCGCGCCGCAGCGGGCACCGGAGCCGGAGCCCCUGUCGGAGGAGGACGACGACUUCACCAGCGGCGGGGAGGCCGCCCCCAUCCCCACCGAGGGCAUCAGCAAGCCGCUCGCCGGUAUCCUCAAGGAGCUCGGGAAGAGGGUUCCCGAGUCCCUCCUGAAGACCCGCCUCGAGGACAAUGGCUUUGCCCUCAAGUACAUCCCAUGGCACCUUGCUAACAAAAUUCUGAAUGCACACGCUCCAGAAUGGUCUGGGGAGGUUCGCAACAUUGUCUACUCAUCUGAUGGGAAAUCUGUAUCUGUUGUCUAUCGUGUGACUCUCUAUGGAACUGAUGCAGAGAUCUACAGAGAGGCUACUGGAACUGCUUCUGUUGAGGAUAAAGGCUUUGGAGAUCCUGUUCAGAAGGCUGAAGGAAUGGCUUUUCGCCGAGCUUGUGCCCGCCUUGGUCUUGGGCUUCAUCUCUAUCAUGAAGAUAUGUCAUAGAUGUUUGUGGUCUGGACUUCUGCUUCAUGUCUCUUAGUGCGCAGACACUUGUCGUUCAGUAGGCUACCCUUUUGUGCUGAACAUGAUAUGAAUGUGCCAGCAUAUAAAACUAAGUAUUCUAGGUUAUCGUUUAGGUGACUAAUGUAAGCUACUAAGGUGGUUGCUGCUCUGAAUGGUAUGCUUAUGAGUGAACCGGCAUGUUUCAUCUUCUAAA